AUCUAUCACCCAAAGUUUAUUCGUUUGAGGAACGCUUUUGCGGUGAGGCGAGUCAAGACCGCGCGGUGAAGUGAUAUCUCAUGUGUUUGAAUUUUUAAAAAUGGAAUCGAAAUUGAAGAAUUUUAAAGACUCGUUGACGUUGCAAGAUUGUGAGAAGCCUAAUUUGACGACGCCAUUUUCUAUUAACGAUAUAUUGACUAAGGAGAACGAGGGAAAGUGCGAAUUUGAAAAUGGAAUGUUUUGUUCGGAGAGUUUUGGGGGGAAGAUGAACUUUUUGGGGAAGGCGGCGAGUUGUUUUAGCAAGGAGGACGGUUAUGGUGUGAAGAAGGAGACUUUGGAGAAGGGGUUGAAGUAUUAUGAUGACUGCAACGGUUACCGGGAGUACGCGGGGGAUGGUGCGCUCGACAUGUCCAGGAAGAAUUAUCCAGUUACGGAACUCUCAGAUGACUACGACUCCCGCUCGUCGACCACGGGCUCCCCGCUGCGGCGAGCCAACUCCUCCCCCAAUUCCGACAUCUACAAGCCCUUCAGCCUGCCCUACGAGCCCCGAAAGUGCUCCACACCGACCGACACACGGACCAUGCACUCACCAAGCUACAACAUCAACGAAUACUCACAAAACGCAGGCAGGAAGAAACGAUCUAGAGCUGCCUUCUCCCACGCACAAGUAUACGAGCUCGAACGAAGAUUCAGUCAGCAAAGAUACCUGUCAGGACCAGAAAGAGCUGACCUAGCUGUCAGUUUAAAACUCACCGAGACACAGGUCAAGAUCUGGUUCCAAAACAGAAGGUACAAGACUAAAAGAAAGCAACUACAGAUGCAGGAGAAUGGGAUGUUAGCAGCCGCUGCAGCUGCCGCCAACCACGCGAGGAAAGUCGCGGUCAAAGUCCUAGUCAAUAAUAAUGGGCAACCGAGUAUACCUGAUAUGAAGUACCAGAACCCAAUGUUGGGGAAAUCAUUAAAUCCAUUGUUCACGCCGCCGAACUUAUUAGAAAGCUCGCCGAUUUUAAAACAUUUCGCGGGAGUCUACGGUGUGGAUUUCGCGAAAAACCCCGAAUAUAAAGCGCUGUUACAAGAAUCCUAUAACCAAGCUGUUUUACAGUCGUUAUAUGGACCACAUUUGGGCGUGAACUACCCCAAUUUACCGCUUCCUUAUAUGUACUACCCGGGGCAUUCGGCCUUCGGUAUGCCAGUACCUUGCGAUGUCGAUCGAAGUCAAGCGGAGCGGACAGACAGCAAAGACUUUGUCGAAGAAAAAGAAAAAGAAAAGGCAGAAGAAAAACUAAAAGCUCAUAUUGAUCUUAAUGAGAACAGUAAUGAAAGCAUGGCCAGUAAUAUUGAAAUCGAAAAUUAAAAUGAAUUUAGAAUAGUAAUGAGGUUGAAUUGCAAUUGUUGAAAAUGAAAGUAAACUUCAUAAAUGAGUGUUCUAUUUUUAAAGUUUUUAAAAUUAUUAUGAAUGUAUGAAGCACAUUUUGCAAAAGAAUAUUUAAUUCAAAUAAUUUGAGUACCGAAUCAAUAUUGAGUAGACAAUUUGUGAAAGUCACGUUAAAAACCAAAAAGUUUUAUUGUAGGUAAAUCAAAAUAAAUAAUUUUUACAGUCAAAUACCAAAGAGAAUGUAAUUAUAGCCAAAGCACCUAGUUACGUUUAGUUAGUAGAAUUGUUACGUUUAGUUAUAACUGUUGUAAAUAAUGUUUAAGGUUGUCGAUUAAAUGUCUUAAUAGUUACAUUGGCACGUUUGUAAAUAGUACAAAACUAGAAUAUAAGAAAGCUUAAUAAAGGUGCAAUAAAG